AUGUCAUUUGAUGAGCUUCACACGCUGAAUACGGUUGCCUCGCUACUGUGCAGCUAUAGGCUCGAAAAAGAGCCCUUUCAAGCCGUUAUUCCAUCAUUAAGCUCGAUAGUGUUGAAGUCAUCGCAGGAUUCAGAUUAUCGUAAAGUUUUGGCUGAGAACAAGGAGGUUUGGCAUACUGUCGACCAGUGUGCUAAGUUAAAAGACUACCACAACGAUUUUGGUGAAAAUCAUGAACUGCGGUUUUGGUAUUUGAGAACUUUCCGCGGAUUGGUAAUGCUGGCCAGAAACCUGAGUGUAUCGAACAAUGAGACUCCUCAAACAGCAAUGUUAUUAGACAAGUUUGUGAAAGCUUUCAAUGUGCUAAGCAGAAAUUCCCAGUACGAGGAAAUGGACCUAAAUUUGUUCAAGAGCAUCACUGAGUUUUCCUGUAAUGUGACAACGAAAUCUGUCAUUUUUGAUAGAACCAGCAUCGACGACCUAGCUCGGUUUCUCUGCUAUCCUAUCGGGAAUAAUGAAAGGAGGGACCUCAUUUCCCCCCACACAAUGCUUCUACGCAAUCUGGCAGGAAACGGCGAUUUUGUCUACUAUUUUCUGAAGACUCAGCAGGCCCCUGCGAUCCUUUACGACUAUCUAAUCCAAACAGUGUCUCAAGAACAAACUGAAAUUCCUCAAGUGAUAGACGGAGCUCAGAGUACUGGAGAUGAGCUUUCAACACUGGGCGCGCUGGUAGUAUCCAUUUUUUGGACAAUCUGUUCACACGAAUCUUUUGCACCUUACCUUCAACGGGUGCAAGAAUCCAACGAGGCCCAUUUCCUCGAAUACAUCAAGCUUCUACGUUUGGUUAUAACCAGCUCUCAAUCAUGGGACAACUUUCAGCUGACUGGAAUCAUGACAUGGUGUUUCCGACUGUUGGAAGAAACCGCCUCCGAUGUUAAGGACUAUUUCAAGAACAACAAUGAGGAUGAAGAUCAUGCGAAGCUGCUUCAUGACAGACUCAUAAUUGUGCUGGAUAUGUUAACUAAUUUGACCCAGUAUGAACAUGUGCGGAAGUUUAUGAACUUCUACAAAGGCUUAGAAUUGCUAGUUGACCUACUGCAUCUAUUCCAAGAAAAGCUUCUGAGGCUAAAUGUGAUGAGGCUCACUGGCCAGAACUCCAGCUCUUUAAAAGUUACCAACAGCAACGGAGUGCAGAUAUCAGACAGCGCAGUGAUAGCAUCACGGUUUGAUUCUGACAUCGGGAAAAUCAAAGCUACCAACUUCCCAGAGUGCAAACUAUUGAUCAUCGAAAUACUUUGUUUUCUGGUCUACAAGGACAGGGAAGUACAGGAUAAAAUGCGAAAGCUCCAAGGUCUGGAGGCCGUACUCAGCAAUUGCGUUAUCGACGACAAUGACCCGUUUAUCAAAGAGCGAAGUAUAAUGUGCAUAAAGAUGCUACUAGAGGACAAUGCAGAGAAUCAAAAGAUUGUGGCCCAACUCGAAACGAAAAAGCCAGUGGAUGAUGACUUACUGAGCUCCGCAGGAUACAAGGUCAACGUUGGUAAAGAUGGCAAAAUUCAAAUUGCUCCUCCUGCUAAACAAUAG